GAUGUUUCGCUGCUGGCAAAGCAGAGUCCUCUGGGACCAGAAUCGACUCUCAGUGCUGAUGCGAAUGGAUCAGGAUUGGGAGGUGCGGAUCUUCUAGACAGCAUCAAUAAUGGCAGAACUUACAUUAGGGCUUCAGCCUUCAGGAAAUCCAUCUAAAAAGCCAGCAUGUUGGGUUGGUUUCUCAAGGCAAGAGAGCAGCAAGAUCACGCUCUACAACAAGAUGGAUAAUUUCUUGUCGCUUACUCUAAUUACAAAUCAGCUUCCGGAACUAGAACUUUGGCGCCACGUCAUAUGUUGGUCUCUGACU